CAGUUUCGACGGAAGACCUAUCAGACUUUUCUACAGGUGCAGUCGGUCGUUGCGGAAGGGCAUAGAGUUGUUGGUCGUCGAAAUUAAAUAUUUCAAACCGAGUGGGCCAACGUUUCAACAAUUACUGAAUUGCACUUUCGUUCCUGGAAUAAUCGAACGUUUUGAUUGUAAAGACACUUUACCGAAAUCGGACACUUCACUGGCUUUUAAAACAAAGGCUUCAGUUGUUGGGGCCGACAUGUUUGUCAGCGGCUUGGUUUCGGUGUUUCUGUUCUUUCAUGCAACCGGUGUAGAGGCGUUCACAGUCACAACCAGCAAUGCAAAUGUGAGGUCUAAAGUGAAUGAGGGGGCUGAUCUUUACUGCACUCACUCGGCUGACUUUGGGGCAAAUGCAAGAGUUGAGUGGAAGUUUAGGGACAUGAAGGGUUCUACGACCUAUGUCAUUUUCGAUGGGAAACCCACCACACCUUAUGCGGACCGUGUCAUUAGGUCUGAUGGGAUGCUGAGGUUCACUAAGGUGAUAAGCAAAGAUAAUGGGGAGUAUAGCUGCGAGGUGUCUGGCAAUCAACAGUUUGGGCAGGUCAACAUAAAGCUCACUGUUUUAGUACCUCCAUCCGUGCCCAUGUGUAGGAUCCCGACCUCUGUGACGACGGGGCAUAGCGUGCUACUGUCCUGUCACGAUGCACAGGGGUCUCCUUCCCCCACCUACAAGUGGUACAAGGACAAGAUCCCCCUUCCUGAGGACCCCAGCAAGUUCCCUGCCUUCAAGAACUACACCUACAAGAUCAAUCCUCUCAAUGGCAACCUGGAGUUUCCCUCUGCUUCGUUGACGGAUACAGGAGACUACAGCUGUGAAGCUAUGAACGAUGCCGGCCCUGUUCAACGCUGUCAAGCAGUGAGGAUGGACGUCCGCAACAUCAACACUGGAGGUAUUGUUGCCGGGGUGAUUGUGGCUCUCCUAGCCCUGGCACUGCUGGGCUUCGGACUGUGGUACGCCAACCGCAAAGGAUACCUGCCCAAAAAGAGUGAAAGCAAACCCAAACCCUCAGUGGUCUACCAGCCAACAUCUGAGUACGGCGAUGAAGGGGAUGGGGAAUUCAGACAGAAGUCUUCCUUCGUGGUAUAGCCAGGGCAUGCAACACAUGUCCAGGAUAUACCCAGGAGUCUACAGCAACAACAGUGGCUAUGGGUGCGUCCCAAUAACAUCUCCCCUUUCUCCUGAAGUGUGCUGUCAUUAACUACUUCCCACAAAUCUCAAAGCUUUGGGUUGUUGGAGGCAUGGGUUAGUGGGAGUUUCCACCGUAUUUCUUAUACCAGUCAUUUUCUUUCAAAUCAGUGAAGGGAAGUGCACAAGUGCACACUUUGGGGGGAAGAAGAUAUAAGAUAUAGCCUAUAGAUGACAAUACCACUGCCCCUUUUACCUAGUCGCUGUGGAUAUGUGUGAAUUGGUGUGGUGUGGUUUGAUUUUCUUUUCUUUUUUUAUUCCAUCUGUUUAUAAAAAUGUCCAUUUUGGAAUAUUUCUCUAACUGGCAGUUACCUACAUCUGCACUAUUUUGUGUUGACUGUGUGUAUAGAUUAGAAAAAGUACUUCCAUUUAUACUUUAUUUUUCAAGUGCCUCCAUUUUGUGAAAGAAACCUCACAUGCAAGGGGAAAAAAACUGGAAAUGAAUUAAUGAAAUAUUCAACACUGGCCAUUAAUUUUCUAAUCCCAUUAGAACAUGCCUUCUUGUAUGCCUUGCUUUCUUUAUGGCUUUUUAAAGAUGCGUCUCAAAUUGCACCAUAUUCCCUAUAUAGUGCACUACUUUUGACAAUGGGCCCUGGUCAAAAGUAGUGCACUAUAUAAGGAAUAUGGUACCAUACCUCUUUAUAAGGUAUUCACCUGUGGAUUGUUCAACCUGACACCAAAGCAGUGGAAAUACCACAGCUACCUCUGUCCUAUCCCUGUCUGUGACCCAAAUGGCACCCUAUUCCCUAUAAAGUGCACUACUUUGGACCGGGGCUCAUAGGGCUCUGGCCAAAAGUAGUGCAUUAUAUAGGGAAUAUGGUGCAGUUUGGUACGCAUACCUUGUGUGUCAAGUCUACUCUAAAUCCAUGCUGUCAGUGAGUUGUAAUGUGAAAUGUUUUGUUUACGGUAGAUACCGAAUUUUUUAUGGUGUUGUGUUUUGAUGUGUUUGUAUUAGAAUCAACUCCAUUGUAUUGUUGUUAUGCAUUUGCUUGUUGAGAUGUUGCUGGUCCCAGAUCUGUUUGUGCUGUCAUGUCAACUCAUGAGGAGUUGUCAAGACAGCAGAAACAGACUGGCAACAAGGCUUGUUGAGCUGUACAUGGUCUGUCUCUUUGUAAGUUUGAUCAGGUUUAGCAUCCCAAAGAAGCGAUAUUGUGCUCACAGUAAAAUCAUUCAAGGAACAUAGGUGCACUCAUAAUGAUAUUUCUUUUGCAUGAAUUAGAAUCAGGAUUUAAUCAAUAUAUAUUUUUGAGAAUUGUAAGAUUUUGACACGUUACUGUAUAUGUAGAUUAUAAGGUAAAACCUGAUGCUAAUAUAACAAUGCUUACAUGAAGAACAUUGUCUCUGAAAGACUCAUUUUGUAAUAAAAUUGCGCUUUCCAUAUA